AUGAGGAGGGUCAGCUGUCUCGCCGCCGUACGCCGCGCCGUGGAGUGCGUCGCCGCCUCUCCUUCACUCGCCGCAAACCCCGUAGGCCGCGGCCGCGGCCCCAUCUUCCAGGCGGCGGAUUUCGGCACCGCCGCUUCCAACAGAUCCUCCGCCAGAUCUCAUUGGUUGUUGUCCGGCAAAAGGAUUGCCGCUGCCGGUACGGUGCUGUUCUCGGUAGCCGCUGCCGCGCUCGUCGGGGAGGUUGAGGCCAAGGAGUCCGUCCAGUUGAAAUUCCGGCCGGACGAGGUGGUUCUCUAUCAGUAUGAAGCUUGCCCUUUCUGUAACAAGGUCAAAGCAUUUCUGGACUACUAUGAUAUUGCAUACAAGGUUGUGGAGGUCAACCCGAUCAGCAAAAAUGAAAUUAAGUGGUCUGAUUAUAAAAAAGUGCCAAUAUUGAUGGUUGAUGGCGAGCAGCUGGUUGAUUCAUCUGAUAUAAUUAAUAGGUUGUCAAGAAAGAUUCAUCAAGAUGAGGCUAUUGAUUAUGAUGGCGAAGAGAAAACGUGGAGGAGCUGGGUGGACAAUCACUUGGUUCACCUGUUAUCACCUAAUAUAUAUCGAAAUUCUUCAGAAGCCCUUGAGUCAUUCGAUUACAUCACUAGUCAUGGCAACUUCAGCUUUACUGAGAAAAUAACAGCCAAAUACGCAGGAGCAGCUGCAAUGUAUUUCGUCUCCAAGAAAUUGAAGAAAAAGUAUAACAUCACAGACGAACGGGCUGCAUUAUAUGAAGCUGCUGAGAAGUGGGUGGAAGCUCUCAACGGUCGAGAUUUCCUAGGUGGAACGAAGCCCAACUUAGCUGACCUUGCGGUUUUUGGUGUUUUAAGACCCAUACGCUACCUCAAGUCCGGUAGAGACAUGGUAGAACAGACGAGAAUCGGUGAUUGGUACUCCCGAAUGGAAACUGCUGUUGGACCAUCUUCGAGAAUCCGAGCAUGA